AUGGCAGGGGGAAACCACUCUGGCGUGACAGAGUUUGUCCUCUUGGGCUUCACCACCAUGCAGGAGCUGCUCUUUGUGGUUUUCUUCCUCAUCUACAUCACCACUCUGGUGGGGAAUAUCGGAAUGAUCGUCCUCAUCAGGAUUGACCCUCAUCUUCACGCACCCAUGUACUUCUUCCUCAGCCACCUUUCCUUCCUGGACGUCUGCUAUUCCACAUCCAUAACUCCAAGGCUGCUGCUGGGACUCCUCACUGAGCAGAAAGUCAUUUCUUUUCACAGCUGCCUCACGCAGCUCUUCUUCUAUUUAGUAUUCAUCACCACGGAAGCCUUCUUUCUGGCCAUCAUGGCAUAUGACCGCUGCUUGGCCAUCCGCUGGCCUCUGCACUACUUGGCUGUCGUGUCCCGCAGGGUCUGUGUGCAGCUGGUGGUUGGCUCCUACGUGGCCGGCAGCCUGAAUGCCUUGGUGCACACCACAGCUCUCCUACAACUGUCCUUCUGUGGCCCAAAUGUGCUGAAACAUUUCUACUGUGAAAUCCCACCACUCCUGCAGCUCUCGUGCUCUGACACCCGGCUCAACCAGGUCUUGAUGCUCUCAUGUGCUGGCUUCAUCGCUGCCUCUUUGGCCUUGGCCAUCCUCCUUUCCUACACAUUCCUCCUGCUCACCGUCUGCAGCAUCCACUCUGUGGAGGGCCGGCACAAAGCCUUCUUCACCUGUAUCUCACAUCUCACUGCUGUCACCCUCUUCUGUGGCUCUGCAGCUUUCUUGUACCUCCACCCCCUUUCCAGUCGCGCGGAAGAGGAAAGGAAAACAGCCUCUGUCUUCUACACGGUGGUGACCCCCAUGCUCAACCCCUUCAUCUACAGCCUGAGGAACACGGAGGUGAGGAAUGCUCUGAGCAGAGCCGUGAGGAAGGUCCCCUCCUGCAGCCAUUGUCAGCCUCCCUUCAACCAAAUUCUAACAGGUGCUGCACAUCACAGCAGAUCGUUGGACACCUGA